CUAAAGGCUGACGCUACAAGCAAUAUUAUUCAGUGUAUUCCCGGGUUUUUGAACAGUUAGGUGUCAGUAGAAGUUGUAAGAUCUUAUAAAACAUAGGAGAUCUUCUGGAAUAAUGUGCUCUAGGGCUCAAACAGUGAAGUUACGUCUUCGUUACUGUUCCUCGACGAAGCUUGAGGAGCAAGUUAGAGGCAACAACAGCCUGCGAUAUGUUGAUGCUGGCCCUAUCAAGGGCAUUGAAAUUAAUUUGGAAUGCUUUAAUACCAGAUUGGUGGAACUGAGACUCAGAGGCUAUAGGGAGUUGAAAGUCGUCAAUGUGACAGCACUCCUGAAUAUGCUACACUUAAAGACAUUGUCCCUAACUGAUGUGGAAAACAUGUCAGAGAUACUGGUGGUGGUAGGCCAAAUGACAGAGCUUGAGUAUCUAGAGCUUGGAAACUAUGGAUCUGUUUCUUUGCAACAAUUUCUUGGAACCUUUAAAAAACUCAAAAAGCUCAGGUGGCUUCGCCUUGAGAAGGGAGGGACGGUCUCUACUAACAGAAUCCUACAGGAAAUCAGCGAGUUACCAUCACUGAGAGUACUAGAACUUGUCAACGUUUACAUCAAAGCAGGCUACAUAAGUUCCUUAGGCUUGUGUACCAACUUGAAAAGAUUAUUAGUAAUACCCAACUAUGAUGAUGAGAUGGAAUUUACCAACUUCCUAGUGUCACAGGGAGCGUUCCAACUGAAAAGCACUCUGAAAGAAUUUCACUGGGGAUUUACCUCAGAGAUGCUGAGAGAAGCAGAUGUACUGUUCGAUGAUGGAUGGGGGCUCAUACCAGUAGGAGGGUUCUCCUAUGAAGCUAAGGAGGCAAUGAAGUAUUCCAAGCUCGUUGUGAAUAACAGAAAUAAAAUGGACAUGAAAUCCAGGUCACCAAAUGUGGUGAAUCUGACUGAGCUAAAGGAUGGGCUGACGACCUGUUUGCCCGGCAUGACAUGUAAAAUAUAUAGAAUGCCAUACCGCAAAACAUGGGGAAAGUCCAUCCGACGUCCAGACCCAUGUGCUCACUGUGGAGAUCCAUCAAAGCACCUUCACUAACUUGAAAGUAAAUGCUUAAACUUUUGAAUUUGACACAGAAUUCCAAAGGGAGUGAACCUUUUCAUGAUCAAUACUUUCAUAGUGGAUAUCAUGCAACAAUUUUUUUCAAUAUAAUUGUGCAUUAUGGAUAUCUUAUAUCCUGUCUUAAGUAUUUCACUUGUAUAAUAUGCAUACUUAUUGUUUUUCCGUAAAAUAGAUAAUACAUUUUUUAAUUGUUGAUUCAAUUAUGAUAUUUCCUUUCAAAUAGACAUAAAUACAGGGUGUAACAAAAUGGUUGGGCUGGCUAUGCAUUUUCACAUUUUAUGUGUGAUUCUAAGCUAAAAAUGAAGAAUAACUUUUUCCAAUUUCCACUUUGUUUAGCCGCUAGCCGCCAUUUUGUAUUUUUUAUUAACAAAUUAUUAUCUCUUAAACUAGUAAACAUUUGGUACAACCAGCAUUUAGAAUAAGUUCUAUACAAUUGCAGAUGGCUAUUCCAGUCACCAAUUUUUCAAUCUUUUGCGAAUAACUUCACUAAUACAAAUACUCCAAUCUUUCUUUUUAAAAUGUAAUAUGUAAUGUUUCUAUUUUAUUACUUUGUUUAUUACAAACUCAGGUUUGAAUAGGUAAAAGAAUAUUUUUUUAUUUUCCUCUUACCUAUUUAAGCCUAAUGUGUCAAAUUUGGUUUCUUUAGCUUUACUAGUUUUAGAGAUAAUAAUUUGUUAAUACAAAAUGGCAGCUAGCUGCUAAACAAAGUGGAAGUUGGAAAAAGUUAUUCUUCGUUUUUAGCUUAGAAUCACACAUAAAAUGUGAAAAUGCAUAGCCAGCCCAACCUUUUUGUUACACCCUGUACAGACUUUCAGUCAAAACCAACUACAAAGAAACUAAAUAGUUUAUAAUAAAUAGCAAUGCUAAUUAAGUUGUUUAAUUAAAAUCCAGUUUCAUUGGUCUGUUUGGCCAGUUUCAUCAUAUUUUCAAUAAUUACUGGUGCUUUUGCAGAUGUUUGUUAGAAAUCGGAUAAAAAUUGUGUAAUGUUUUAUUGAAACACACUAUUAUUUAAUGUUUUACAAUAAGCAUUUACUGUAUGUAUUUUCAAUGUUAUUUAACUUUAGAUACUAGGGGCAUACAUGGAAUUAACAAAGCCCUAUACAUUUUUUGUAUGAGCCUAAAGCUUAAAUUAUGGUAGAUAAGAUAUUCAUAUUUUUUAUAUGUUCUUGUUUCUUUGUUCUAAAUAUAAAAAUUGAAAAAUACUAAAUUUUUUCAAUCACUUAACAAUUAUACUUAAUUUACAUAAUAUUCUAAAUGGUUGAGCCAUUCUUACGAUUUAGAUACACAAAGAGACAAAAUGUUUGAGUGGUACUGCAAUUCUGUUGUGAAAUUUAAGGGUUAAUUUUAGUAUGUGAUUUAAGUGUUAAUUUUUGAAGAUGUCUCAUUGUAAUUACAUUUUGUAGCAUACAACACACACUGUCAGAGUCAUUUAAGAGUUGUAUUAGAUAUAAAUGAAUCAUAUCCACAAUGAUUGUAUUUUGUGUUAUGACCAGUAAAUGAGUUGAGGGGGAAGUUAGUGUCAAAUAACUUUAUAAUACUUAGAAUUGUCAGUAGAUAUAAUCAUUUUCUAUAAUAAAAUAAAAAGUAUAAUA